AUGGAGUCAAUGCAUCUAUUGGUCUUUGCCAUUAUCACGAUUAUGAACUCAAAUUCUGCUGUUUCAGCAGGCAAUGUAUCAAAAGGUCGAAGUUCAUCGAACCAUGUCAACGCAUUGAUUGUUGUCGACGUUCAAAACUGCUUUAUUACUGGAAAUCUUGCAUUGUCGAAAGCUCCUGCUGGUCAAGAUGGUGCUAAAGUUGUUCCUAUUAUCAAUGAUUUAAUUCGAACCGUUCCUUUUCAUGUUAUUGCGUAUACAUAUGACUGGCAUCCUCGAAAUCACAUCUCGUUUUUUGAUAACCUCAAUUCACGCAGAAAAUAUUUAAAAUUCAAUCAAAAUCGAACGAUAAACAUGUAUGAUGAAGUCAUAUACACUGGUCCAAAAGUCGGAACAAAACAAAUCCUAUGGCCGUCACAUUGUGUACAAGACACUGAAGAAGCAGCGCUACACAAAGAUCUUUAUGUUCCAUCAGCAAGUAACAAUGUUAUUCAUAUUAGAAAAGGUACUGAUCCUGAUAUCGACAGUUACUCAGCAUUUGCGGAUAAUAAUCGAGUUAAAAAAACCGAUCUUGAUAAGAAACUUCGAGAUCGCAAUGUUACACAUGUUUUUGUUGCUGGGUUGGCAAUAGAUUAUUGUGUCGGUGGAACUGCACUUGACGCAUUCGAAUUGAAUUAUACAACGUAUCUGAUAGAAGAUGCAAGUGGAUCUAUUGCUUUUAAUUCAGCCAAACGUAAAAUUGAAUAUUUAAAACAACGAGGAAUCGGAAUUAUUCAAGCGAAUGAUGUCAAAACAUUAAUUUCCAGUGCGUGCGACAAAUCUUUUAGUACUCUAUUAAUUGCUUCUAUCAAUUUAUUCAUUUUACUUUUAACAUAA